AUGUUCACACUAAGGUCUAACACCUUGACGAAAGGAUUUCAGAGAGUGACGUCACGACGCCUCCUUCGGCAGGAGCAAUGGAAGAAAACGCUCCGCACAUCGGCAUGGCAGAAGCCGUUCAACCGAUGGGCGCCAAAGAAGCUCGGGCUUGGCUCCAAUUCGGAUGAGCUCACCGGACCGACGUUGCCCUUGCCCUCGACGUCGGUCAACCUGUUCGAACUCCCAGCAAGGUGGACCAGAUUUGCCGCUGUGGCGCCUGGUGGUCUCGGAAAUGCCAGCGGCGCCGAAGCCUAUGCUUUGGGAGCUGGGUGCAACGAGUCGCCGCGGGGUUUGCUUCAGCUUGCAUCCGUUAUGCGCCCCAUGUGGCUUGGAUACGGCCCGGCCAUGUCCUCAGCGCCUAGCUUUGCCUUGGACCUUUCCCGCGGGCCUGAAACUCAGGCGUCGACUGCCAUCAUCGCGAUGCAACAUGCAUUCCCCAAACGACUUGUGCGAACGCAUUCCGAUGUGCGCCUGAGCUUUGGCAAAGCGCCAGCGGUUCAAGAGCCGUCAGUGACGCAUUUGCCGAGCAAAGGUACAUCCGAGCAGUGA